AUGUUUAUAACCUAGAUUGUAGGAAGAGGAAAUAAAAAUUGUAUUCUGUAAUAUUUUAACUGACUUAAAAAUACCCUUUUAGGCGAUAUCGCAAUGUUGGUUGGUGGACAUGGAAAUGUUAAUCCCAACUCUAAUUAUAUGAAAAGCCGUGGGCUUUGGCUGAGUUACCUCAUUGGUAUUCUCAUCCUGCAUCUGAUACUGCUUUCAGUCCCUAUGCUUAGCAUCCCUAUGGCUUGGACCUUAACAAACCUCAUACACAAUGCAUUGCACUUUGUUUUCCUACAUCUGCUCAAAGGGACUCCGUGGAUACCGGAGGACCAGGGCUUAAGUAGCCGCUUAACCCACUGGGAACAGAUCGACGAUGGGAAACAGUUUACAAAAACAAGAAAAUUUUUAACAGCUGUACCUGCUGUACUGUUUUUUCUUACAUGUUUCUACACCAAACAUGAACCUGUACACUUCGUAGUAAAUUACAUUGCAACUCUUCUCGUAAUCAUACCGAAACUUCCGCAAUUUCAUGAAGUUAGGCUGUUUGGGAUCAACAAGUAAAUGUUUUAAUCCUGAUUGGUGAGUAAGAAAUAGCCACGCAAUUUUAAGGGCCAUUUUAUGAUGGACAAUUUGAAUCGAUUUUAUGUUAAAUAAUCAAAAUUUUAUAUUCGUCUUUUCAAUUUUGUUAUUAUAUAAUUACAACUAACAUUUUCAAUGUAUGAUAAUGAAAUUUCCAUGGCUGUGGGGCAUGGCAAUACUGUUUAGUUAAAGAAUGAUAUAAUUAUAUUUUUGUACAUAUUUUUCUAUGAAGUUUAUAGUUUUAUGGCAAUUGUGAUAGUAUUAUUAUAUUUUAUUUUGAAAAAUGUGAUACAAGUGCCUCUGAAUAUGUUGGCCAACAUUUUCAUUGUUGUAAUAUUUCAUUAAGAAAUAUUUUUAAUCAAGCAGUUUAAAAGAAUCAAUUUCUCUUUGCAAAAGCAAUGUGACACAACUUACUGAGAACAUUUACAAAUUUUAUUACAGAAAAUAUCCUGUUUUAUUUGUGUUAGCACAUAGAAAACCUAUCAUUCUAUUUAACCAAAGUCAUAAAGAGAUAAUACUAAGAUCAAUCAUUUAAGAUGUGAGGUUUUACAAUUAUUUUUAAAAGGGACAUGUAUUAUUUUCCUCCUUCAUUUUUCUGAACUGUUCCACCAGUUUUUAUUUUUUAAUAGCUUUUAGGCCAGUGCACGCCCCUUUCAGUCUUAUGUCAUGUGGGAGAAUAAUGUUAAAAUCUUCCUCUGAGGGGCCUUGUGCUUUCCUGAAAGCUAUUGAAAAAACAAAACAAAAAACUGGUGGAAUUAUUAAGCAAAACACCACCAUUUCAACUUUCACAUAGAACAUAUAUGUUUAUGUUUGUUUAUAAAAAUGUUUAUGAAAAUAAAUAAAACUUUUCAUGCAGAACACAG